GCAUGAAUUUCACAAUUUAUCAUAAUUUUAUUUUCGUUAGUGCCUACAACUGGAGCGAAAUAACUAGUUCGCGAUCGACUGUGUCGUGUGUUGUACUUAUUGUUUAGUGUGCAUGUGUCCGCAAUUAACGUUCGGCAAUCGGCAAUUUAAUUGCUAAAUUAAAUACGUCGCAUUCACGCCGUUAUUGAAAUAUCGAGCAAACUCUGAAUAUUCUGGUCUCGUGAACAAAGAUGAGUUCCCGGAGUGGUUUGAAGAUAGAAAGGGGCAUUGAGCUCACGCCCGUGCUGAAGGAGGUGGCUGAGAGAGAGCUAAGAGAGACUCCAGAGAGGGUUCGGGAGGCCCUGGAGAGACUGAGGGAACUGCUGAAGGACAACAAAGACCUGUACUUUGGAGACGACGAUGAGCUCCUGACCAUAUUCCUACGCCCUUGCAAAUGGUACCCGGAGAGCGCAUUGGCAUUGAUGCGUCGGGUUGCCGAAUUCAAGCGCGACAACGCGAAUCUACUGGCAGGGCUGCUCCCUGAGCACGAGGAGAUCGGAUUCAUCAACCACAGAAUCGCCAAUGUCCUUGUAAAUCGAGACCACAAAGGCAGGAGGGUGCUCAUCGUUAAUUGCGGAAGUUUAUGGGACCCAAAGAAGAUCACCGUGGACCAAGUGUUCCGGAUCUUCUACCUGAUCCACGUGGCGUCUGUACUGGAGACGGAGUCGCAGAUCAUGGGCUGCAUCAUCAUCAUGGACUUCAGCAAUAUGGGAUGGGCACAGGCUAUGGCGUUUACACCGUCUUCAUCGAAGCGUCUACUGACGUUCAUCCAGGAAGCCAUGCCCACGCGCCUUAAGGAGGUGCACUUCAUCAACCAGCCGAUGGUCUUCAACGUCGUCUGGAACAUGUUCAAGCCUUUCAUCAGGGAAAAGCUGCGGAAUAGAAUCUUCUUCCACGGCUCGAAGAUGGCGUCUCUCCACAAGCAUGUCCCAGCCUCCCACCUGCCCAGCAACUACGGUGGGGAACUCCCAGCAGUGGACUACUCCUCCGCGGAAUGGUACCCCGUACUGCGCGACGUAGAGCCCUUCAUCAAGACCUAUGACAGCUACGGAUUCGCCAAGAAGACGUAACGCUCACAACUAGUAGACUGGACCUCACACUGCAGAUGACAUGUUGACAUCAGCCAUGACGUGGCAGCAUAUCAGGUUAUACAUUUUUGUUGAAAAACCUAUGACAACUAAUAUAAAAUACCACAGUGUGUGACUUGAUGUGCCGUCGUCUGUACUAUUUGAAGGCUUUAUGAAAAGUUGUUAUCGAAUGGGUUUUUAGACAAGUGUUCACUAAAUCAACUUGUGUGAUACCGUUUACGCCCAUUACCUAAAGAGUGAGGUUCAUAAAAUUUAAUAUUCUGAUACAAAUAUUGCAAGUGUUUGUAAAGGAAUAGAUUAUUUAGGUAAAUAUUUAUAUUUAGUGUAAUCUGAGCACCAGUAGUAUAACAAUGAUUACUAAAAUCUAAAAGUUCGAUAUUCCAAAUAUCCGUUAAGAGUAGAGCAAUAUUUAGAGAGUAUUUCUUUAAGAUGCUAAAAUGCAAAUAUUUUUAUAUUGUUUAUGAACUGUGUGAAUAGGUCUGAAUAAUACAACAUAAGAUAGCUGUGUUAUCAUUGUAUAAGUUGUUGUAGCGUAUUUUGUAAGUUUAGAGUAAACAGU